GUGAUCAGGCACUACUGGAAACAAAUAUCAUCGUCACUCGGGCAGCAUUAUGCGACUCUAACCUUGAGGAAGCGAUGUUCGACAAAACCUGUUAAUGAGACACCUGCAGUGACAGUUACUUGCUAAGCCUGUCCACGAAAACCGAUUUCCCCGGACCUAUUAAGACAUGCCAUAGUACUUGGACCUGCAGGACUUGUGAAGUCGUUCAUCCAAACACGGGAAGUAGCGGAAGACAACGCUCAGGCUCUUAUCUCCCGAAGCCACACCUUUAAAAGUGGUGCUACUGGGAUGCUAAAGACAAACUGAACUGAAAUAUCGGAGGCCACUGAAAUUCUAGGGUCAGCCAAUUCACUGAAUAGGUGCACGAGCUCUGAAUUGGGCUGGAGAGCGGCUGAGCCUCCAGCAGCGGCCCCGCCACGACCAAGACGACUCGAGGAAGCAAGUACAAAGUCUUCACGGAAUGGAGGUCACCCAGAAAAAUUUUCAGGAGGUACUCCCAGAAGUGGAAAAAGCAAUUGAGAGAGCAGAUUUUUUGUCCAUUGAUGCUGAGUUUACUGGGUUGCGACGGGAUGCUUCAUUUGCAUAUAGUGAACUGGACACUGCAGAAGAAAGGUAUGCUAAGGCAAGGAUGGCAGCAAAGGAGUUUGGAAUGAUACAGUUUGGACUCACAACAUUUCGCUUCAUUCAAAAAGAGAAGACGUAUUCCCAUGCCACUUUCUGCUUCUACAUUUUAGGGAGGACUGGAGAAAUUUACGUUUAUGACAACAGUAGCCUCAGAUUUUUGGCAAAUAAUGGAUUUGAUUUUGCCAAGUUAUAUAAAGAGGGAUUGCAGUACAUGACUGUUAAGGAAGAAAAUGAAAAGAGAUCAGAGCUGAGGAGUCAGUCCCUAGAUCCACCCAUACCUUCACCAGUCAAGAUAGCAGAAGAAAGUGCAAAAAAGUUCUUGACGGAAACUGAAGAAAAAAUGAUAGACUUCAUGGCAGAUGAAACUCGUGAUGUUCUUGUCAUCCCAGGCUCUACUCUAACAGGCUUCUUCAGGAAGAUUCUUUACAAUAAUAUUGCCUCUAAGUACCAGAAUAUCCUCAUCCGUAAUGUAACAACUGAGGGUGAGAGAAAUGUUGAAAUUAGGAAAUUUGAAACGCAACAAAACCGAAGAAACUUCCUGCAAAAAGAAAGGGAGAAACUACUAAAUGAUCAGGUUGGCUUCACUCAUGUUGUCCGCAAGAUCAUAGAAAGUGGGAAGGCACUUGUUGGACACAAUCUUGUAUUGGACUUGCUGCAUUUAAUCAAUAAAACAGUUCAUCCUUUACCAGAACAUUUAGAGAACUUCAAGACAUUAGUCAAGACUAAUAUUCCAACAGUGUAUGAUACAAAGCUCAUAGCAAAGGAUCCACCAUUUUGUGUAGAUAUUCCCUUCACAGCCUUAGGAUCUCUUUAUAAGGAUCUGCGUGAGAAAUAUGAACCUCCAACAUUUGCUCCAGAGGAAGGGUAUGCAAGCCACAGUGGUGAAGAAGAGGGCAAGGCACAUAAUGCUGGAUAUGAUGCAUUCAUGACUGGAGUCUGUUUUGUGACAAUGGUGAAGAAGCUAGAUGGUAUAAACUGGGCAAGUAAGUCUGUUGUGAAAUCAAAACAUCUGGCUCUGUAUGCAAACAGGUGAGGAUCAGUGCAUUUUUAUUUGAAAUAGAAUAGAAAUUCUGUCAUUCUCUUUC